AUGCCUGAAACCCGACAUGCGAAAAGCAAAAUCCGAUUGAUUUUCCUCAAAACUCCCGCCCCAACAAAACUUCUUCAAAAAGGACCGCCUCAUGUUUAUUUUCACACCUCAAAACUUAUGCAAAAGAUUUAGCAUAUGAAAGCCGAGGCAACGGACCCCCGAAAAACCUCAAAAAGUUGCCCAAAGAUGGCGGUCGUCCAUCACUUUCGCCAGGUAAUCAGCCUGGGGUCCACCUCAAUCGCCGUUAUCGUGACGUGCCAUCUUGGCGCCGUCGACCAGCCGUUUGCGCGAUUCACCUCCAGCUCAUAG